AUGGACGCCACACCGUGCGUCCUUCUUCUCGUUCCCGCAGGCGCGCUGGGCGGAAUCGACCUGCUCUCCUUCACCACGACGAACCGGUUCAAGGGCAUCAAGGACCUCCCCGCCGGCUGGCACUUCGUGUUCACCAGCAGCACCACGUCCCUCUCGGUCCGCCACGGCGCGUGGUUCCGCGUCCGCGAGACGUCUCCGGGCUCGCCACCGGACCUCUUCGUCAAGAAAUGGAACGCGGAGCACGAGGAGCUGGUGCCCGAGUCGGACCCGGCGGAGGUGCUGCGCUGGCGCGCCAAUCUGGGGGCCAUCUGGCGCGAGGGCCUGACGCCGUACCGGCAGAGCGCGAGCAAGGACGCGGACGACGAGGGCGACAAGGAGCAGGACUGGCGCGCGCUGACGGAUGCGAUCAGCGAGGAGCUGCUGAACAGGAUCCUCGGUGCUAGCAGCAGCAGCGGUGGGGGAGACCAGCAACACUGGGGGUUGACGAGCGCGAGUAGCGCGGCGAGAGACAUGGACGACAUCCCGGGCCUGUCAAGCGAUCGCAGCGGCGGUGACAGCGGCAGCGGCGCGGCAUGGCAGCCGGAGAAGGAGUUGGAGUUGCUGCCGAUCGAUUUGAAGAUGACUUGGGGCCAGGGAGUCACGGGCCGGGAGCGCACGGAGGCGGCGCAGGAUCGGUCGUGGGCUUUAGGGGACCUCGUCGGACGGGUGUGCGGAGGGAGGGAAGAUGAGGUGCUGGGGGAGCUGCAGUUCACCUUCUUGAUGGUGUUGACGCUGAACAACAACAGCUGCUUGGAGCAGUGGAAGAGGCUGCUGGAGCUGCUGCUGACGUGCAAGAAGGCGGUUAUACAAAGGGCGAGGUUCUACGGAAGGUUCCUGAGGCUAUUAAGGCUGCAGCUGCAGCAUUGCCAGGAUGCAGAUGCGAUGCUCUUCGAUCUGAAUGAUGAUGGUGGGUCAUUGCUGAAGGGGCUGCUGAGGAAGUUUAGGAAGGGGUUGGAUGAAUUGGAUGGCAAAGAGAAGUCGGACAUCGUGGACGAGCUGGACGAGUUGGAAGAAUUUUUGAGGGACGAGUUUGGCUGGCAGCUUGACGACUCCUUCGUGAGGAGAGGUAUAUUGGAGCUUGAGGACGGCGAGCAGGUUGAGAUGGACGUAGGGACGCGGUUCGACGAGGAUGACGAGACCGGAGAGUUCGCGCCAAUGGUUGUGGAAUUGACGGAAGAACAGGCGAGGAGUCUGGGUGGAAAUGCACAGGCGACAGAGCAGCAGGAUAAGAGGCUGGCGAAGCCUGAGUCUGGGAUCGCGGACGAGGAAGUUCAGGAAGAAUCGGAGGAUGAAGCGGAUUUGGAAGAUAUGGAUGCAAGGUAUUGA